AUGACAAGCAGUGAAAGCAGAGAUAACCUGAUCUUUCAAAUCAAUAAAGGACUAAAAGAAGCGUACCAAGCUGAGGAGGAGUAUUGGAGGCAACAAAGUCGACAAAUGUGGCUCAACCUAGGAGACAAAAACAGUGGUUACUUUCAUGCAGCGACAAGGGGAAGAAGAGCACGGAGCAAUAUUUCAGUAAUUGAGGGAAGACACUGUGGCUCAGAGCAUAUCACCGAGGAUCUCGAUGAAACAAACACAAAGCUGAUUCAGAUACCUUCACCGGAGGAGAUCAGAACCGCAAUCUUCUCAAUCCAUCCGGACAAAGCGCCGAGUCCAGAUGGAUUCUCUGCAAGCUUUUUUCACUUGAACUGGGAAACAAUAGGGAAUGACAUAACCCUGGAGAUACAACGUUUCUUCACAUCUGGAGUCCUUCCAAGAGGAAUCAAUGCGACUCAUAUCUGCCUAAUACCAAAGAAACCAGCUCCAAAGUUAGUGGCCGACUACAUGCCGAUAGCUUUGUGUAAUGUAUAUUACAAGAUCAUUUCAAAGAUCCUUAAUGCGAGGCUGCAUCUGAUUCUGAACGGUUUGAUCUCAGAAAACCAAUCAGCGUUUGUCCCGGGGAGAGCAAUAUCUGAUAAUGUGAUGAUAACACAUGAGAUCCUCCAUUUCCUGAAAAUUUCAAAAGCGAAAAAGAGGGGAUCAAUGGCGAUCAAAACAGAUAUGACUAAAGCCUAUGAUAGAGUCAAAUGGGAGUAUAUCAAAUUGGUUCUCGAGAGAGUUUGA